UCUGCUCGCGGCCCUUGUUUGUGUUUGCGGCAAAUAGACUAUUUUGAAGAGAUGUGAUGGGUUUACUUACAAUUUUAAAGAAAAUGAAGCAAAAAGAGAAGGAAAUGAGACUAUUAAUGUUAGGAUUAGAUAAUGCUGGCAAGACUACCAUUUUGAAGAAAUUCAAUGGUGAAGAUAUCAGUGUUAUUUCUCCAACUCUUGGAUUUAAUAUUAAAACACUUGAGCAUAGAGGGUUCAAACUCAAUAUGUGGGAUGUUGGUGGACAAAAGUCUCUGAGAUCGUACUGGAAAAAUUAUUUUGAAAGUACAGAUGGCUUGAUCUGGGUUGUUGAUAGUGCAGAUCGUCGCCGUUUGCAGGACUGCCGAGAUGAAUUACGAACCUUGCUGUUGGAAGAAAGGCUUUCUGGUGCUACACUGUUAGUAUUUGCAAAUAAGCAAGAUUUACCUGGAGCUCUGACAUCAGAAGACAUAAAAGAUCUAAUGGAAUUGAGUCAAAUUAAAACUCAUCACUGGCAGAUAGUGCCUUGCAGUGCUGUUACUGGUGAAAACUUAUUAAUAGGAAUAGACUGGAUUUUAGAUGAUAUUGCAGCAAGAAUAUUUACCUUAGACUGAAGUUUAAGUACCUGUUGUCAUUAACAUAAUGUGUAAUUUAUCCCUCUGCAUUUUAAAUACGUAUUAUUUUUCAGUUUCUAAAUCAUUCACUGAAUUUAUCAAUCAGUUUCUUCAUGCUAAGUUUAUUUUAUCAUCAUUCCAUUUUUGUUAGUAUUGAAUGCUACGAUUUAAAAAAUUAUGUUGAAGUGAAUAUAUAGUCUAUUAACCAAAAGCAAAAUGGAAUUAAAAAAAAAGAAUUGUAAUGUAUGUAAUUGUAAUAUAUAUAUUCCUGUUAUUUAUUGAAAAUUAUAUCAUAGACAUUGGUUUGUUUGUAAAAGUGCAUAUAGAUUUCCAGAAAGUUUUAAAACAUUGAAAAUUUUUAAAUGUGUGUUGAAAUUAGGUAGGGUUUUGAGAUUUUCUACUAUACCUUCAAAUUAAAAACCAUUAAUUUUCAAUGUGCAGAUUGAAAAUAAUCUUAGGUUUCAUGAUACAUGUUAAAAAUAUAUACACCUACCUAGAAUAUUAAUAAGCUAAUACAAAUAUUUAGCGAGUUGGAAUUGAAUAUAAUCUCAUAAUAGUUCAAAAAUUCGAUCUCUUUUUCAAACCUAUAGUUAAAGAAUGAAUUUUUAAUAUUUCAUGUAUAAUUUGAAAUAUCUUUUUUUUUGGAUUAUAAAUCUCAGUUUCAACUGUAUGAUCUUAAAAAAGACUUAGAGUGCAAGUACUUCUGUAAAAACUAGUAUUUUUAUAGAAAGUGUUAUUUGACAUUAAGUGACAACUAUACUUUUGAUGCACUUAAUUUCAUAUUUUAAGAAGUUGUCAACCUGACAUAGUAAUUCUUCCUGUUUCUUGUAUUAAAUAAUUUCUUAGUUUUUGUUCUGUCAUUACCUAAUGGUGUCAGGAUUUAAUUGUUCAGGGGUAUAUAGGAUGCCUAUAAAACUUGUCAUAAAAUUCCAGCGAAUCGAAAUGUAUCAGUAAAAAGUAUUUUUACCAUUAUUGUAGUUGGAAAAAAAUAUUUGGAGGAAUGCACCUUUUUUUAUUGGGUAUAUGCUAUGGUUGGUGAAUUUUAGUUAGGCCAAAAAAGCUUAGUUUUGAUUACUUAUAUCACCUUUUAUUCAAAAAGUAGGCAUUAGUUUUCUUAAAAGGAUAGUUUCCAGCUAAUUAACAUUAUUUUUUAAAAACUUUUACAAUAAUUAACCCAAUAUUUUAGGGGAAGCCCCCCUCACACUUACAGCAAUGGUUUCUAGAACAAUAAUUAUUAUUCUUCCCUUAAAAAUGAAAACUUAGUUGACAUCAUGAAAAUACCUUUGGUUUUGUUGUUGUUCAGAAGUUUUGACAUAUAUUAAUCACUUUUACUUUUCAUCAUCACAUAGCUGUUUCAAAAUAUUUUCCUUUCAGAAUAAUUGAAAUUUCAUUGUUUAAGGUAACUUUUGUAAAAAAAAAAAAAAAAAUCUUAGGAGGAAAUAUACCCCUUCCCUUUUGUGUGAAAAUAAUGAAUAAUAUUCUAUGUAUUCGGUGAAAGUUGCUUUUUUUAAAAUAUUUAUUUUCUUUCAACUUUAACUCCAAAAUGUUGAUAUUUUCCCAAUAGACUGGAUUGAUAAUAUGUUUUCACAGCUAGACAUAUAAUGCACAAACGUUUGAGUGUUUUUAUAUAAUCGAAUGUGAAUACAACAUUCUGUCUUACAAUUUUAUUAAAAAAUAUGUGUUCAAAUGUAUUUAUUUCUUAAGUCAAACCUUAGUGUAAAAUUGUUCUGUUAUUUGGAAUCUUAUUCAUGUAAAAGUUAAUUUAAUAUUUUAUAUGUGUUGUGAAAUAAAAUUUGU